AUCAGAAACAAUAGGGACCCAAAAGUUAUUCAACUAACAAGCCAUUAUUCUAAACUUGAAAGGCCCAACUGAAGAUCGAAGUCAAGGCCCAGUUUAUGGCCCAGUCACUCCUCGUCUCCGUUCUCGUCGUUCAAAGUACAGGGGUUUAAUUUAACAUGUUAGGGUGGUUGGAAGACGAAGACCUUCGCUUUCCUCCUCUGUUUCUGAACGAAUCCCAUCCAUUUCCAGCCAAAUGAGGUCUCGUCCAUCUUCUUCAUCAAUCCGUCUUCUGCUUCGCUUUUUUCCGACCUCCAAAUCUAUCUGCUUGCAACCCCAAUUCCCCACUUUAUCACUCCAUGAAUCUCUGCUUCCAUACAAGUCCAAUGCAAGCACAACUUCUCUCGGUUCAGUUGAUGAUGAGCCGUCUUCAGAUUUCCAUUUCCUCAGAAACCCACUCUCUCCGGGAUGCAAAGAUGCCAUCUUGGAAAACACAGACCCGAGACGGGAAGAUGUGGUUGGCACUCUCAUACAGCACAGAAAUGCUCCAUUUUUGGCUCUGAGGUACUUUAAGCGUAUUGAGAAAACGAGGGGUUUUGUCAAGAGCGUUGAUUCUUUUUGUCUUCUGCUUCACAUUUUAGUGGGAGAUCAGGAGGAAUAUAAAAUACAUAAACAAGCUGUAUAUCUGCUUAACCUGUUCGUUUCUGGGGAUUCAGGGCCGGCAUCUGAAGUUUUUGUUGAUCACUUGGUUGAGGUUGCAAAAAGAUUUGAUUUUGAAUUGCAUUCCCGGGUUUUUGAUUACUUGUUGAAUGGGUAUGUUAGAGCUGAGCGGAUUGAAGAUGCUGUGGAUUGUUUUAAUAGAAUGAUUCAACACAAUAUAAUUCCUUCAGUAAGCUAUGCAAAUAUUCUUUUAACAGCAUUGGCAAGGAGAAAUUUGAUUGAUAAAGCUCGAGAAUUGUAUAGCAAGAUGGUUUUGAAAGGACUUAGUGGUGAUUGUUUUACAGCUCAUAUUCUGAUGCGGGCAUAUCUGAAAGAGGGGAGACCGGAGGAGGCACUGGCCUGUUUUGGUGAUAUGAAGGCUUGCGGGGUUAAACUUGAUUAUGCAGUUUAUAACAUUGCUAUUGAGGCUGCUUGUAAGAAACCAGAUUUGAGUAUGGCUUGUGAGAUGUUGCGGGAAAUAAGAGAUAUGGGGUGGGUUCCAUCUGAGGGUUCAUACACUACAAUUAUUGGUGCUUGUGUGAAGCAGGGAAAUCUAGUUGAGGCAUUGAGGCUUAAAGAUGAGAUGGUGAGUAGUGGGAUGGCAAUGAAUUUGGUUGUUGCUACAAGUUUGAUGAAGGGGUACUGCAAACAAGGUAAUCUUGGUAGUGCUUUUGAUUUGUAUAACAAGAUUAAAGAGGAUGGUCUUACUCCUAACAAUGUUACUUAUGCGGUGUUGAUUGAGUGGUGUUGUAGGAGUAAAGACAUGGAAAAGGCUUAUGAGUUUUACAUGCAAAUGAAACACGUUGGUAUUCCACCUACUAAUUUUAUUGUCAUUUCCUUGAUUUGUGGAUUCUUGAAAGCUAACAAAUUGGAAGAAGCAAGAAAGCUGUUUGAUGAGGCAUUUGAGUAUGGCGUUGCCAAUGUAAUCACUUAUAAUGUCCUUUUAUCAUGGUUCUGUAAGAGGGGUAAUGUGAGUGAAGCACUCAGCUUAUGGCAGAAUAUGGUUUCCAAGGGUGUAGUUCCUACCAUUGUUUCUCACAACAACAUGAUCCUCGCUCACUCUAAAGCAGGGGACAUGGAUAGGGCACAUGGUUCAUUUGCAGAGAUGAUUCAAAAAGGAGUUAAACCUACUGCUGUGACAUAUUCUAUUUUGGUCAAUGGCCAUUUCAGUAAAGGUGAUGCUGAACGUGCUUUGGAUGUUGUUGAUGAAAUGAGGGGCAUUAAGAUUGCUCCCACAGACUUCACAUUCAAUAUCAUUAUUAAUGGUUUGUGCAAAGUAGGUCGCUCAUCUGAUGCAAGGGAUAAAUUAAAGAAGUUUGUUGAGGAGGGCUUUAUCCCAUCAUGUAUGACUUAUAAUAGCAUUAUAGAUGGGUUUGUCAAGGAGGGGGCCAUGAACUCUGCCUUGGCUAUAUACAAAGAAAUGUGUGAAAGUGGGAUUUCGCCAAAUGUUGUUACUUACACAAGCUUAAUCCAUGGGUUUUGCAACAGUGAUAAUAUUGAUCUUGCUAUGAGAAUGCGAAAUGAGAUGAAAGUCAAGGGUCUUGAACUGGAUGUUCCUGCAUACUGUGCCCUCAUCCAUGGAUUUUGCAAGAAGCAAAACAUGCAAAGUGCAUGUGAGCUUUUCUCUGAACUCCGUGAAGAUGGGCUAUCUCCAAAUACAGUUGUUUACAAUGAGAUGAUUAGCGGGUUCAAGAAUGUAAAUAAUAUGGAAGCAGCAAUUGACUUGCACAAGAAAAUGAUUUCUGAGGGGAUACCAUGUGAUCUGAGAACAUACACCACGCUAAUUGAUGGAUUGUUGAAAGAGGGUAAAUUACUCUUUGCAUCAAAUCUUUACUUGGAGAUGCAUGCCAAGGGCAUUUUACCUGAUAUAAUCACAUAUUCUGUUCUGAUAAAAGGUCUUUGUAACAAUGGACAGCUAGACAAUGCUCGGAAGAUUUUGGAAGAGAUGGAUGUCCAGAGUAUGACUCCUAAUGUUCUUAUUUAUAAUGCAUUGAUUGCUGGACACUUUAAGGAGGGGAAUUUGCAAGAGGCUUUUAGAUUGCAUAAUGAAAUGCUUGACAGAGGUCUUGUACCUGAUGACACAACUUAUGAUAUUCUUGUAAAUGGACAAGUUAAAGGGAGAAAUUUUAUUUCUGGAGUUUCAUGCACUUGAAUAACCUAUAAAUUAUUGCUUCAAAAUUUUGCUUCCUGCCUUGAUCCAGCUAGAAGAUUCUUGAAAACUAUCUACCACCUUCAAAGGGAUGACACACAUUCUGCUGCCAUUUCUCUGGGAAGCAGAAAGAUGCCUCUGGUAGUCUGGUUAAGAAGUGGCUGUGGAUUUACUGAGGUUGGAGGCCUUGGGGCUGUUUACAUGGCAAUUGGGGUUUGUCAGCAUAUAGUUCAGGUGGUUUUUUCUGUAUUUCUCAGUGUGGCAGCCAUCAAUUUCCCCUGGUUCUUACACAGUCAGUUUGGUUCCCUUUACACAAGCAAUCAAUCUCUGGUAAUUUGAUGGGAAUUUGAAUAAGAACUAAUAAUGCAUUUGUUGAACGUAUUACGGAUGCAUUAUUUGUUGGGCCACCUACCCCUGUCUGUGCAUGUGUUGCUAUCUUUGAAUGCCACCACAGCAAGAUAGUGGGUGACACCCUUUUGAAAUUCAUCAAUGAGAAGAGCAGUUAUAUCAAAGUGGAUGCAGCAACCCUUAGGUGCUUGUGUAAGAAUGGUGCUGCUAGCGUCCUGCCCAAAAUUCCACCUUAAUUACCCAGAAGAUAAGAAGAUCAAAAUGAAGUGAAAGUCUCUGUAUCCAUGGAUUGAACUUCCAUGUGGAUAAAGAAGAGUAACCCUAGAAGCACGCUUGUACAGAAAACCAACCAUCAAGUCCUUCAACCCUUCAAUGUUUCUCAAUAAAACAUCCUUUUUAACAUACCCUGCAGAUAAAUUUUGUUCAUGGUUGGCUUUUUUUUUUUUUUUUUUUUUUUUUAUGUUAGUUGUUCAGCUUCGAGAGGUCUAUGUGGAAUUUAAUUUUAGUUGUUCACACUUGUAUUGCAUUCGGGAUGUGAAUUUAAACUAGAGAUCUUUUAGAAUCUGUUCGUCUAGCAUUUGUAUUAAAUCUUGUCGCCAUCAGUAAGGAAUAAUUUUUCUUUUUGUCA